CUUAAAUACGGACAAGGACAGGGCUCUGCCUCCUCAGCCCCCGUCACCACACCAGUCCUGGGACAGUGAGUGGACAAUGCCAUCCUCUAUCUCAUGGGGCUUCCUGCUGCUGGCCAGCCUCAGCUGCCUGGUUGCUGGCUCCCUGGCUGAAGAUGCUCAGGAGACAGAUGCAUCCAAGCCCSACCAGGAGCACCCAGCCUGCCACAAGAUUGCUCCGAACCUGGCCGAGUUUGCCUUAAGCCUCUACCGUGUGCUGGCCCAUGAGUCCAACACCACCAAUAUCUUCUUCUCCCCUGUGAGCAUCGCCACAGCCUUGGCCUCACUCUCGCUGGGCACCAAGGCUGACACUCACACCCAGAUCCUGGAGGGUCUGGGCUUUAACCUCACAGAGACUGCAGAGGCUGACAUCCACCAGGGAUUCCAGCAUCUUCUCCAAACCCUCAACAAGCCCAACCGCCAGCUCCAGCUGACCACAGGCAUCGGCCUCUUCAUUGACCACAAUCUGAAGCUGCUGGACAAGUUCUUGGAGGAUGUCAAGAACCUGUACCACUCAGAGGCCUUCUCCACCAACUUCACAAACACCGAAGAGGCCAAGAAGCAGAUCAACACUUAUGUGGAGAAAGGGACCCAAGGAAAAAUUGUGGAUUUGGUGAAACAUCUGGACAGAGACUCAGUUCUCGCCCUGGUGAACUACAUUUUCUUCAAAGCCAAAUGGGAGGAACCCUUCGAGGAAGUUCUCACCAGGGAGCAAGACUUCCACGUGGACCAGGCCACCACCGUGAGGGUGCCCAUGAUGAACCGCGUGGGCAUGUUCGACCUGCACUACUGCUCCACACUGGCCAGCUGGGUGCUGCAGAUGGACUACCUGGGCAACGCCACCGCCAUCUUCCUCCUGCCCGACGAGGGGAAACUGCAGCACCUGGAGGACACCAUCACUAAGGAAAUCCUCUCCAAGUUCCUGAAGAACAGGGAGAGCAGCUCCGUCAAUUUAUACUUCCCCAAACUGAACAUCUCUGGAACCAUCGAUCUGAAGCCCAUCCUGACAAGUCUGGGCAUCACCAAUGUCUUCAGCGAAAAGGCUGACCUGUCUGGGAUCACGGAGGACGCUCCCCUGAGGGUCUCCCAGGCCCUGCAUAAGGCUGUGCUGACCAUCGAUGAGAGAGGCACAGAGGCUGCGGGGUCCACGUUUUUGGAAAUGAUGCCCAUGUCUCUUCCCCCUGAGGUGAAAUUCGACAGGCCCUUCCUCGUGGUCAUCUAUGAGCACUCCACCAAGAGCCCCCUCUUUGUGGGGAGGGUGGUGAACCCCACACAACAGUAGCCACCUCGGGUGCCAGACCCUGGUCCCUGCCCUGCUGGGCCCUCCCAGAUGACAUUAAACAAUGGUUGGC